AUGGAAACUAAAGGUCAGUAUAAGUUACAAUUUCCUACAUUGAAAAGAUCUGACACACGCGUAAAAACAUAUUCUGAAAAUACAAAUCAUCAUCAUCAACAACAGCAGAAACAGGAAGUACGUCAUAUAGGAUUCCUGAAAGUUCACAAAGCAGCAAGUUCUACUAUGCAAAAUAUAUUCUUCCGGUUUGGACUAAAACGGAAUUUAACGUAUGUAUUUACAAAGCAUCCGAAUUACUUUUCUAGAUCGGCCGAAAUGCACUUACCAUUAGUGAAACCCCGAUAUAGAAAAGGAUAUGAUAUCCUUUGUAACCAUGGUGUUUUCAAUUAUGACAUUUACUCCUCUCUUCUACCGAAAGAUACCGUUUACCUGGCUAUUGUAAGGGACCCUCUUGCAGUGUUUAUUUCAGCCGUUAACUAUUACUCGCAAGAACUAGAUUACAUUGCACAAAUAACAGGAAACAGGCUUCAGGAACUUAUUCAAAGACCGGAAGUGUAUGAUAGGGAAUUCUUCUCGUAUACUAAAAACGUGAUGGCACGAGACUUCGGGUUUCCGGAAUCUAACAAUAGAAACCGAACAAUCGCUAAGCUGAAAGACUUAGGUCAAAUAUUCAAACUUGUCCUACUUGUUGAAUAUUUUGAAGAGUCACUUAUAUUAAUGAAACGGUACUUGAGAUGGAAGCUGAAGGAAAUCUUGUUUCUAUCACUCAAUGUUUAUAAAAAUGGGCAAACAAGUAAAGAUCUUACCUUAAAUGAUACAAAAAAGUUCAAAAAACGAAACCAGCUCGAUUACACCGUAUACAAUUUUUUCUACAAAAAAUUCUGGGAUCAGUAUAAUUCGGAAACAGAUGACAUUAACUUAGAAGUAAAGCAUUUCAAAAGUGUUUUAUUUGAUCUAAAUAUUUUUUGCAAUAAUAAAGCACAUGAAAAUGAUGGCAGCUUGAUGACAGUGGAAGAAUCGAAAUGGACAGAACAAUUUACUGUGAUAGUUGAAGACUGUAAGUAUAUGACAAAGGACGAGCUAGAGUUUAUUACACUGUUACGCCAAAAACAAGGAAGUGAACUACGCGGCUAGUUAUGUGGUACAAUGGGUUUAAAAGAAUCCAUUACACCAAAUAGUUUGAAGCUUUAUUAAUUCUUCCAGUUUUUCGGUCAGUGAUAUAAGACGUACAUAAAAGAGUGUCUCAAUUCCUUAUUCAAAUAGCUUCAGAAUUUAGUCACAUGAAAAACUGACAAGAUAAAAAUAUCUCGCCCAAGUAAACUACCCGCUAGCCACGUAAUGAUUGUUGUUUUGUCCAGUUACUAAUUGUUUUGACAAGCUGACUAGAAUUUAUGAAAUGUUCAUAAAUAUUUAGUCAUUUGGUGAGCAGAUUUCCUUUAAAUACCGCUAAUUUUGAGAUAGAACUUCAGUAUCAUUCUUGCAUUGUCUGGUUGUAGAUACGUAUGCUGAUAAGUUAGAUUAGGAACGAGACAAUUAACGUUGAAGUUAAAGAUUAAAAUAACAGAGAUCAUGUUAGAGAAUUACGUUAGAGAAUUGUGAAGAAAGACAUUGAGUUAUAGCAGUAUUGCCAUGUCUAAAACUAUACUGUGUAUGAAAAAAGUUGCCUCCAUGCAAUGAAGUUUAGCGAGUAUCCUUCGUGCAAGUGAGUAUUCUUCUUACAUGUGAGUAUCCUCCGUGUAAGUACGUAUCCUCCAUAUAAGUAUGACUCCUCUGUAGGAGAGUAUCAUCCGUGCAAAUAAGAAUCCUCUAUGUAAGAGAGUAUCCUCCGUGCAUGUGAGUAUCCUCCGUGUAAGUACGUAUCCUCCAUAUAAGUAUGACUCCUCUGUAGGAGAGUAUCCUCCGUGCAAAUAAGAAUCCUCUAUGUAAGAGAGUAUCCUCCGUGCAUGUGAGUAUCCUCCGUGUAAGUACGUAUCCUCCAUAUAAGUAUGACUCCUCUGUAGGAGAGUAUCAUCCGUGCAAAUAAGAAUCCUCUAUGUAAGAGAGUAUCCUCCGUGCAUGUGAGUAUCCUCCGUGUAUGUUAGUAUCCUUCGUGCAAGUAUGUGUCCUCUAUGCGUGCAAAUGCCUUCCAUGUCAUCAUGUAUCCUCCUCGGAUGGAAGCUAUCUCCGUGUAAGGAUGUAUCCUUACUUUCCGUUGCGGUGUAAAAACGUAUAAACGUAAACAUUAUUAAUAAAUUCAAUAGCCUCUAUAUAAUAUUGUCACGAAAACUUUCUUAAAUGAUAAAAGUUUGCUCGCAACUUGACGUAAGGUCGAGUGAGAAGUAUGAAUGCUUAAUAAAAUAUAAGAU